AUGCUGUUAUUCGGAAGAAGGAGCGGCGGUGGGCACGAUUCUGCCAGCGAUGGCACCUGCGGCAGGAGCUGCUCCGGCAGCAGCUCGAGCUCCACAAGCACCGAGCCCGACAGCAACGGUGGGAACAGGAACAAUCGCGGCAGUGGCAACAGCAACGACAGCAGCAGCAUCAACGACGACAGCAGCAGCAUCAACGACGACAGCAGCAACAACAACGCCAACAGCAGCACCAACGUCACCGACAGCAGCAACAGCACGGAUACGCAGGGAACGUCGUCAGCGACGCAGCGGACGCCGGAAGAACUGCAGAAGCGUGCAACGGCGAUGCGAGAGGCAAUGGAUACAUGCUCGGGCUUGAAGGAACAGUAUGACCGGUGCUUUAACCAUUGGUACCGACGACACUUCCUAAGGGGUGACAUGUCCCGCAACUGCUUCCACCUCUUCGCUGACUACAGGCUGUGUAUUUCGGAGGAACUGAAGCGGAAGGGCCUCGAGUGA